GAGCCCGCACUUCCCAUCUGCCGCUGCAGCCAUGUUGCUGUCGUUGUGAGGGGGUGGGAGAGGGGAGGAGAGAUGAGAAGAUGUGAGGAGAGAUCCGGGGGAUGGUGCAGACAUCAGCCGAUCACAGCCCGUCCACCUGCCGCCUCCUCUGCAGCCUUUCCCGGACCAUGAGCCCCUGCCCAGCCUGACAAAUCGAUGAUCCGUCGCUCGUGAAGAGACGUGAAAUUUCGAGGACCUCUAUAGAUCUUACCAUUUCUUCAGGUAAAUUUGUCAUCAAAUCCCUAGAGACUGGUGCUACCGGAUUUACUCAGCAUGACCACCCACGUGACGCUGGAAGAUGCGUUAUCUAACGUGGACCUGCUGGAGGAGCUGCCCCUCCCUGAUCAGCAGCCAUGCAUCGAGCCUCCGCCGUCCUCCAUAAUGUAUCAGGCCAACUUUGAUACUAACUUUGAGGACCGGAAUGCCUUUGUUACUGGUAUUGCUAGAUACAUAGAACAAGCUACUGUUCAUUCUAGCAUGAAUGAGAUGCUGGAGGAGGGGCAGGAGUAUGCGGUCAUGCUGUAUACAUGGAGGAGCUGCUCUCGAGCCAUUCCACAAGUAAAGUGUAAUGAGCAGCCAAACCGUGUGGAGAUUUAUGAGAAGACAGUGGAAGUUUUGGAACCCGAAGUCACAAAAUUAAUGAAAUUCAUGUAUUUUCAGCGUAAAGCAAUCGAGAGAUUCUGCAACGAGGUGAAGCGUCUGUGUCAUGCUGAGCGCAGGAAGGACUUUGUGUCGGAGGCUUAUCUGCUCACGUUAGGGAAGUUCAUCAACAUGUUCGCGGUGCUGGAUGAGCUGAAAAACAUGAAGUGCAGUGUGAAGAAUGACCAUUCUGCGUAUAAGCGUGCUGCCCAGUUCCUAAGAAAGAUGGCUGACCCUCAGUCUAUCCAGGAGUCACAGAACCUCUCCAUGUUCUUGGCCAACCAUAAUCGAAUCACGCAGUGCCUGCACCAGCAGCUUGAGGUGAUUCCUGGUUAUGAGGAGCUCCUGGCCGACAUUGUCAACAUCUGCGUGGAUUAUUAUGAGAACAAAAUGUACCUGACCCCAAGUGAGAAGCACAUGCUGCUCAAGGUGAUGGGUUUCGGACUCUACCUGAUGGAUGGAAACGUCAGUAACAUCUACAAGCUGGAUGCUAAGAAGAGGAUAAACCUGAGCAAAAUUGACAAAUUCUUUAAGCAGCUGCAGGUGGUCCCGCUCUUUGGAGACAUGCAGAUAGAGCUGGCCAGAUACAUUAAGACCAGUGCUCACUAUGAGGAGAACAAGUCAAAGUGGACCUGCACGCAGAGCAGUAUCAGUCCCCAGUACAAUAUUUGCGAGCAGAUGGUACAGAUUCGAGAUGACCACAUCCGCUUCAUCUCUGAACUGGCACGCUACAGCAACAGUGAGGUUGUAACAGGUUCGGGUCUGGACAGUCAGAAGUCAGAUGAAGAGUACAGAGAGCUGUUUGACCUGGCACUGAGGGGUCUGCAGCUUCUAUCUAAGUGGAGUGCCCACGUCAUGGAAGUGUAUUCUUGGAAGUUGGUUCAUCCUACAGACAAGUUCUGUAAUAAGGAUUGUCCAGGUACAGCAGAAGAAUAUGAGCGAGCUACAAGGUAUAACUACACCAGCGAGGAGAAAUUUGCUUUUGUGGAGGUGAUUGCCAUGGUUAAGGGUCUGCAAGUUCUCAUGGGCCGCAUGGAAAGUGUAUUCAAUCAAGCCAUCAGAAAUACUAUAUACGCAGCCCUGCAGGACUUUGCUCAGAGUACCCUACGAGAACCGCUGCGUCAGGCCGUACGCAAAAAGAAGAAUGUGCUGAUAAGUGUUUUGCAGGCGAUUCGUAAGACUAUCUGUGACUGGGAAGCAGGCCGCGAGCCCCCCAAUGACCCAUGUCUAAGAGGAGAGAAGGACCCCAAAGGUGGCUUUGACAUCAAAGUUCCUCGUAGGGCAGUGGGACCUUCAAGCACACAGUUGUACAUGGUGCGCACAAUGCUGGAAUCCCUCAUAGCAGACAAGAGCGGCUCGAAAAAGACCUUACGUAGCAGCCUGGAUGGACCCAUCGUACAGGCUAUCGAGGAGUUCCACAAACACUCCUUCUUCUUCACUCACCUGCUCAACUUCAGUGAGGCGCUCCAGCAGUGUUGUGACCUCUCCCAGCUCUGGUUCCGAGAAUUCUUCCUUGAACUUACCAUGGGACGGCGCAUUCAGUUCCCGAUUGAGAUGUCCAUGCCUUGGAUCCUUACUGACCACAUCCUGGAGACCAAGGAGCCCUCUAUGAUGGAGUACGUUCUAUACCCCCUUGACCUGUAUAAUGACAGCGCCUACUAUGCUUUAACCAAGUUUAAGAAGCAGUUCCUCUAUGAUGAAAUAGAAGCUGAGGUAAAUUUGUGUUUUGACCAGUUUGUGUACAAGUUAUCAGACCAGAUCUUCGCCUACUACAAGGCCAUGUCCGGCAGUGUUCUGCUGGACAAACGCUUCCGGGCAGAAUGUAAGAACUAUGGAGUGAUCAUUCCAUACCCACCAUCCAAUCGCUAUGAGACUCUGCUGAAGCAGCGACAUGUACAGCUACUGGGCAGAUCCAUUGACCUAAACAGGCUGAUCACUCAGCGAAUCUCAGCCGCCAUGUACAAAUCUCUGGAUCAGGCGAUCAGUCGCUUUGAAAGUGAAGAUCUGACCUCUAUUGUGGAACUCGAGUGGCUUCUUGACAUCAAUCGUCUGACGCAUCGACUUCUCUCCAAGCAUUUGACAUUGGACAGCUUUGACGCCAUGUUCCGGGAGGCCAAUCACAACGUAUCGGCUCCGUAUGGAAGAAACACACUGCACGUCUUCUGGGAGCUGAACUUUGACUUCUUACCCAACUAUUGCUACAAUGGCUCCACCAACCGGUUUGUCCGUACAGCCAUUCCUUUCACGCAGGAACCGCAGAGAGACAAGCCAGCCAAUGUACAGCCUUAUUACCUAUAUGGAUCAAAGCCUCUCAAUAUAGCCUACAGCCACAUAUAUAGCUCAUACCGAAAUUUCGUGGGGCCACCACACUUCAAGACCAUCUGCCGCUUGCUGGGAUAUCAAGGGAUUGCUGUAGUGAUGGAGGAACUACUGAAGAUUGUCAAAAGUCUGCUUCAGGGUACCAUCUUGCAGUACGUGAAGACCCUCAUUGAGGUCAUGCCAAAAAUUUGUCGCCUGCCUCGUCAUGAGUAUGGAUCUCCAGGCAUCCUGGAGUUCUUCCACCAUCAGCUGAAGGACAUUAUUGAGUAUGCUGAGCUGAAGACAGAUGUGUUCCAGAGCCUGAGAGAAGUGGGCAACGCAGUGCUCUUCUGUUUACUCAUUGAACAAGCUUUGUCCCAGGAGGAAGUAUGCGAUCUUCUUCACGCAGCCCCAUUCCAGAACAUUCUACCUCGUGUGUACAUUAAAGAGGGGGAACGUCUGGAGGUGAGGAUGAAGCGGCUCGAAGCCAAGUAUGCUCCACUGCAUCUUGUCCCAUUGAUCGAGAGACUGGGCACACCACAGCAAAUCGCCAUCGCCAGGGAAGGAGACCUACUGACCAAGGAAAGACUGUGCUGUGGCCUCUCCAUGUUUGAGGUUAUUCUGACCCGGAUACGAAGUUACCUGCAGGACCCAAUAUGGCGCGGCCCUCCCCCGACUAAUGGAGUGAUGCAUGUAGAUGAAUGUGUAGAGUUUCACCGGCUCUGGAGCGCCAUGCAGUUUGUUUACAGUAUUCCUGUGGGGACCAAUGAAUUUACAGCAGAACAGUGCUUUGGAGACGGGUUGAACUGGGCAGGUUGCUCUAUCAUUGUGCUCCUCGGACAGCAGCGCCGUUUCGAUCUCUUUGAUUUCUGCUAUCACCUUCUGAAAGUCCAGAGGCAGGACGGGAAGGAUGAAAUUAUUAAAAAUGUGCCACUGAAGAAAAUGGCAGACCGAAUACGAAAGUAUCAGAUCCUGAACAAUGAAAUCUUUGCAGUCCUAAACAAGUACAUGAAGUCAGUAGAGAGCGACAGUUCUACGGUGGAACACGUACGGUGCUUCCAGCCCCCCAUCCACCAGUCACUGGCGACCACCUGCUGAAGCCAACGCAGGCCAAAACUUACUGGACAAUUUUUGACGAUUUCCAUAAUGUUGUGGUGCAUGUUCUCCUGUUUUUGCCGUACACCUACAUGAUGCUAUGGAAACAACAGGACUGUACAGGAAGUAGCCAUGUCGAGGGGUGUGUGUGUUGACUAUCACUCCUAUCAGGGUCUGCGGCGGUUAGUUACCCACAAAUAAAUCGCCGCCAGGGAUUGCCGCGGUCUUGUGACGACAGAGCAGUAUCAGUGGUUUUAUACAGGUUUGAACCGAGUUUUAAGUAUUUUUUUUUAAAUCUAAUAAACAUAGACAUUAGUGCGGGGCUUCAAGGGACUGUCCAUGAUUGUGAUGUAAAAGAAUGGGCUAUCGGAUGUACUGCUUAAAGGGGUACUCCCGUGGAAAACAUUUUUUUUUUUAAUCAACUGAUGCCAAAAAGUUAAACAGAUUUGUAAAUGACUUCUAUUAAAAAAUCUUAAUCCUUCCAGUACUUUUUAGGGGCUGUAUACUACAGAGGAAAUGCUUUUCUUUUUGGAUUUCUCUUCUGUCACAACCACAGUGCUCUCUGCUGACCUCUGCUGUCCAUUUUAGGAAUUGUCCAGAGCAGGAGAAAAUCCUCAUAGCAAACAUAGGCUGCUCUGGACAGCUCGUAAAA